GUUUUACAAAUUUUGUAUUAAAUUCUGUAUUUAAGAAUAAUAUUCUAAAUGAACUAUAAUAUUUUAUAAUUUUGUUAGUUACUUUAAAUUUAAAAAAAAAAAUUUUAGCAUAAAAUUUCAUUUUUUCUAAUUUACAACAUAAAAAAAAAAAACAAAUUAAAAUUCAUAACAAAAAUAAAGUCAUUGCUAAAGUGCUAAAGAUACAAUUAUGAUUAAUACAAAAUUAUUACUUGGAAUUGUGAUAAUUACAGUGUGUUGUGUUUCGGUUAUUUUAUGCUGUGAUCCAUCUAAUCCAGAACAAACACAGCACGGAUGUCGAAUUGAUAAUGGUGCAUGUACAUGUUCAUUUGGUUGCAAAUCAGAAUUUCGUUAUGCAAACCGUAAAGAAUGUCAGGAUGCUUUAAAAGGAACAUCAAAUGACGUAUGUGGUCGCAGACCAUGCUUAAACGGUGGCGGUUGUACACAAAUAUCUGGUCCACCCGGAUACAAAUGCAGAUGUUCUGGAACAGGAUAUUGGGGAAGUAGAUGUCAAAGACAAUGUCCGAGAACUGAUGAUGAGCAGCAAUACAACACAAAAUUUCCUCAUGAAUGCGUGGUGAUAUAAUUUAAAAAAAAAAAACUUUGUAUAAUAUUAUACAUAAAAUUUUUUUUAUUUUAACAAAAAUAUAUUUACCAAAUUUUAUUCGUUAGGACAAUCGUGUAAAAGACUUUAAAUUAAAAUAAUUGUAGAAUUAGUUGUACUAUUAAAUAAAAUGGUUCUAAAUGUAAAAUCCAAAAAGAGAAAUGUGUGCAUACAUACUAUAUGCAAUAAAUAUACUUAUAUUUUUUUAUAAUUACAUAAUGAAGAACUUUGAAAUAUGUAUGCAGCAAUAGU